GCGCGGCGCCGCGCCUCGGCGGGGCCGGUGACCGCGACAACAGCGCGGCCUACCCGGGCGGGCCGGGGCCGCCGGCGCCAUGGGGAAGAAGCACAAGAAGCACAAGUCGGACAAGCACCCCUACGAGGAAUAUGUAGAAAAGCCGCUGAAGCUAGUGCUGAAAGUUGGAGGAAGUGAAGUUGCUGAACUGUCUACUGGAAACGCGGCACUUGAUUCCAGCCUAUAUGAAGACAAAUCAGAACAUGAAAAACACAAAGACAGAAAAAGGAAAAAGAGAAAGAAAGGAGAAAAACAGGUUCCUGGAGAAGAAAAGGAGAAAAGAAAGAGAAAGGUUAAGGAUGAUAAAAAGAAACGAGAUCGAGAACAUGCAGACAGUGAAGGGGAACAGGAGAUGAAAUGUCAGACCCCCAUCCGAUUGGAACUACCACCAGAGAAACCAUUGACAAGUACUUUAGCAAAACAAGAAGAGGUGGAGCAAACACCACUGCAGGAAGCUCUGAAUCAACUUAUGAGACAGCUGCAGAGAAAGGAUCCAAGUUCUUUCUUUUCAUUUCCUGUGACUGACUUUAUUGCCCCGGGCUACUCCAUGAUCAUUAAAAACCCAAUGGAUUUUAGUACCAUGAAAGAGAAGAUCAAGAACAAUGGGUACCAGUCCAUAGAAGAAUUAAAGGAUAACUUCAAACUGAUGUGCACUAACGCAAUGAUUUACAACAAACCAGACACCAUUUACUACAAAGCUGCAAAAAAACUGCUGCACUCAGGGAUGAAGAUACUUAGCCAGGAGAGAAUUCAAAGCCUGAAACAAAGUAUAGAAUUCAUGGCUGACCUGCAGAAGACAAGGAAGCAGAAGGACAAGACAGAACUGCAGCAAACUGGGGAGGAUGAAAAUGGUGCUGGGAAAGACAAAGGAGAACCUCUGGAUGGUGACAGCAAAGCAUUCAAAACACCCAGCAAAGAACACAAAAAGAAGGACAAAGAUCUACUUGAAGACAAAUUCCGAAGCAGUAGCUUGGAAAGGGAACAAGAGCAGAUCGAUCGCAUUGUUAGAGAGUCUGGAGGAAAGUUAACAAGGCGCCUUGCAAACAGUCAGUGUGAAUUUGAAAGAAGAAAACCAGAUGGUACAACAACUCUGGGCCUUCUUAAUCCAAUUGAUCUUACUGCAGGAGAACCAGGUUACUGCCCUGUAAAGUUGGGUAUGACAGCAGGAAGACUUCAGUCAGGAGUUAAUACAUUACAAGGGUUCAAGGAGGAUAAAAGAAACAAGGUGACUCCAGUGACCUACUUGAACUAUGGACCCUACAGUUCCUACGCCCCAACAUAUGAUUCUACAUUUGCCAACAUAAGCAAAGAAGACUCUGACUUAAUCUAUUCAACAUAUGGGGAAGACUCCAAUCAAGGAUCUUUCAGCGUCCAGGAUUUUUUGAUGAAAUCCCAAGAUUACCCUUUCCUGAUGGCUGAUAGUCUGCUCGAUGUCCUAACAAAAGGAGGACAUUCGAGAGCUCUCCGGGAACUGGAAACUGUAAGUGUGGAUCCAUCGAAGGAAGCUGAAGGCCCACAAGAAAGAAGUGAUGCACUGAAAGAUGUAAAGAUGAUGGAAAUGGAUCUUGCUGCCAGGCUGGACUCUAACAAUGACAGACUGACUGCUCUGAAGGCUGUUACAAACUUUGGGCUGCCUGUGGAGGAGUUUGAUUCUGAGGAAGCUGAAAUCUUCCAGAGGAAACUUGAUGAAACAACAAAGCUUCUGAGAGAACUGCAGGAUGCUCAAAAUGAACGACUAAGUACAAAACCACCCCCUAAUAUGAUUUGUCUUCUGGGUCCAUCUUACAGAGAGAUGCACUUGGCGGAGAGAGUAACCAAUAACCUGAAAGAACUGGCACAACAAGUGACUCCAGGUGACAUUGUCAGUACCUAUGGAAUCCGGAAGGCAAUGGGCAUUUCUGUUCCUGUACCUGACACAGAAGACUGCUGGGUAGAUUUGACAGAGGACUUUCAAGACCCUAAAAAGGCUGUCACCAUCCCUGGAAACGAGUGUGGUCCAAUUACAGUCUGAAGCAUGGGCUCAGCUUACAGCUGCUUGAUUGUUUCAGAACCGGGUGCAUUCACCAGGACGGGUACAGGGUCUGUCCAGCUACUUUUGGUUGUUACAUGUUGGACCUUUGAAAGGGAGCAGUUUGUGUUAAAGUCAUUUCUGCUACAGAAAUGCACUAAAUUACUCUGCAUUCCUUGUUAUUUUAAAUCACCUCUGCAGCAUUUCAGCUUGCCUAGGUUAACUGUUUGGAAAAGUCAAGUGGAAGUGAAAAUGUGCCUCUACAGGGGGUGGGGGCUCAGCCAAACGUUUCCAAAAGCAAUGUAUAGACUGACUCUGUUUGGGGCAAAAACCAUCGGUAUCUGAACUUGCAAGUCUCCCUUUCUCAAAUGACUGUGUGACUCUUAGGAUGAUGAGAAAUAAACUUUUUAAAUAAA